AUGUCCGGCGGACAGCCUCUCCGCGAUCGCGGCAACAUCGAGGACCGCAUCAAGGCGAGCUGGGGCUGCACCCUCAAAGAGACAUUUGACGAGCUAGAAAAGACCAGAGGCCAAGGUCUCUUCGAUCAGAUCAAGUUCCGGCACCUAAAACUCCUCAUAUCCUACGCCGAGGGCACGCCGGGGGCCUUCUUGAAGGCGAUGGAACGGCUCGACGAGGCGGCGCGCGCGCGCGAAGCCCAGAGAGUGCACCGCCGUCACCGCCGCCAAAACCCAGCGGACCUGCUGAGCCAGGACAUCGAAACCGCAGUCCUGCGCCUGAACGCGCGCCCGCCUCCGCCGCCCUCCCUCCUCGCAGCGCUGUCCGCCCCGUCCGACCCUGCGCGCAUCGAGACCGCGCCCGCGCUGCCCAGCCCCUCCGUCAGCAACCCGGCAAUGCGGCGCGUGCGGAUUUCCGUGCCGCCGUCGCGCGUCGCCGCACUGCACGCCCAGCGCCUCACCGCCGCCGCUGCCGUCACUGCUUCCGUCCCCCCGGCUCCGGCCCAGACACCGCGGCGCGUCGCGCCUGUCGUCCCCGCCGUCCCUGCCUUGCCGGUUCUGCGCCUGCCGUACCGCCUCUUCUCGCGGGGUGCUGCUGCUGCUGCUGCUGCUACUACUACUACCACUACCGCCGCCGCCGCCACCCCCGUCCCCACCGCAGCAGGCCACAAGCGCACGGCCGAAGAGGCAUUAACGGGGAGCGGCAGCGAGGGUGAGAGUGGCGAGGGCAAUCGGCGAGAGGAUGGCGACUUGAUGAUGAAUGAUAUUUACGCAUCCAGUACCUCUCACCUUCGUGUGAUGAGCCUGUAUCGCAACACUGAGUGA